CGUCAGGUCUCGGCCAAUCAGCGCUAAGUGUGCGGUGCGGCGCUCAGAGAAACGAUGCAGAGUGGAGGGGUCGGCUUCAAGCCAUGCACUUAAAUAACUUAUCCACAUCCAGCAGUUAAGUGCACCGUAAGCAAUGCCUGUUACAUCUCAGCUGCUCAGGGGUUUGCCCCGUGCCAAGGUCUUUGCCUCCGGUCUGGUGCCAUGUCAACACAACCAGUCCCUUUUUUUUCCCGCCACUCACCGUCGCGCCCCAAGACAAACGUCCCCCAUCUUGGAAAAACAACAGCCAUCAAGAAGCUACCAAUCGUCCUCAGUGCUGUGCAGCUACAACCUCACUCCUCCUCAGGUCAAUUCCAUUCUGAAAGCCAAUGAGUACAGCUUUAAGGUUCCGGAGUUUGAUGGGAAAAACGUGUCAUCAGUUCUGGGUUUUGAAAGCAAUCAGCUUCCGGCUAAUGCUCCCAUCGAAGAUCGACGGAGUGCGGCGACGUGUCUGCAGACCCGAGGAAUGCUGCUGGGUGUGUUUGAUGGCCAUGCUGGCUGUGCUUGUGCUCAGGCGCUGUGUGAGCGGUUGUUCUACUACAUUGCAGUUUCCCUACUUCCCCAUGAUACCUUGUGUGAGCUGGAGGCUGCGGUGGAGGCGGGAAGGCCUCUCAGUCCCAUUCUGCAGUGGCACAAACAUCCCAAUGACUAUUUCAGCCGAGAGGCUCAGAAACUUUAUUUUAACAGCCUUCGAACAUACUGGCAGGAAUUAAUAGAUCUUACCAGCCCAGGAGAGAUUCCGGAAACCCGGGAGGCGCUGCUCAAUGCUUUCAAGAGGCUGGACAGCGACAUUUCACUGGAAGCUCAGGUUGGAGACCCAAAUGCAUUUCUUCACUACUGGGUUCUAAGAGUGGCCUUCUCCGGGGCGACGGCUUGUGUGGCUCACAUUGACGGGCACGACCUCUUCAUAGCUAAUGCAGGAGAUGCUCGGGCGGUGCUGGGAGUGCAGGAAGAGGAUGGCUCCUUCACUGCUCACACACUCUCCAAUGACCACAGCGCCCAAAAUGAAAGCGAGGUCGCUCGCAUACGAAGUGAGCACCCGCCAUCGGAAAGGAAGACAGUCAUACGUCAGGAUCGACUGUUAGGUCUGCUCAUGCCUUUUCGGGCAUUUGGUGACGUGAAGUUCAAGUGGAGUAUCGAACUGCAGAAGCGAGUUCUGGAGUCUGGACCUGAUCAGCUCCACGAAAAUGAGCACACAAAGUUUAUCCCCCCCAACUAUCACACACCCCCAUACCUGACUGCUGAGCCUGAGAUCACGCAUCACAGACUUCGACCACAGGAUCGAUUUAUGGUAAUCGGCUCAGACGGUCUGUGGGAGACCCUCCACAGGCAGGAGGUGGUUCGCAUCGUGGGGGAGUAUUUAACAGGAGUACAUCAGUGCCAGCCCCUCAAAGUGGGCGGCUACAAAGUCACUCUGGGACAAAUGCAGGGGCUACUGGAAGAGCGAAAGACCCGAAUGUCGUCGGCUUUCGAGGAUCAGAACUCUGCCACCCAUUUAAUGCGCCACGCGGUGGGAAACAACGAGUUUGGUACCGUGGACCACGAGAGGCUGUCAAAAAUGCUGUCACUGCCAGAGGAGCUGGCUCGCAUGUACCGCGAUGACAUCACCAUCAUCAUCACUCAGUUCAACCCUCAUGUGAUCGGAGCUCAGAGACAGGAAGGGCAGACCUGAGCUGUCGCCAACCACCUCUUGAGACGUUCACUCACACUUCUGCAGCGUUUUGUGCUGAAAAUUCAGUGCUCUUCUGUAGACAUGCAAAUGUGACACGGUACUCUGCCAUGACAUUUUAACACUUUUAAUAUAAAAAUGUAUCCUAAAGAAGUUUUUUUAAAUUAAGAGAUCUGUUAAAAACUAGAUCUAAAAAAAAACUAAAGGUUAUUUAUGCUGCUAGUCUUGCCUGGCAACUUUUAUCUCACACACUUUGCAAUGUUGCUGAAAUAUCAUUAUUACAGAUAUUUGUGUUUCAAAGCAAAAACCUUGUGUUUUUUUAAAGAUUCAGCUGGAUUGAAGUUACAAAAAUCCCUUCCAAGUAAGAAAAGGAGUCACCACAGAUUUUUACAGGUCUUUGUCCUUGGGGAUUUCUGUGCAAACUGCUACAUUUCUGCAUGCUCGUUAAUAAAUAUUUCCUCUUUAACGCUGAGAGGAAAUGUCAGUUUGCGAGUUGUAGAAUGAAUUAGAUCCAUGUUCACAAGAGAUCUGGUUUUGUUACAAAAAAAAGUUAAACCACAUCAUUUUUGAGGUUACAAAUAUUUAUUUUGACAUAAACACGCACAAAUGCUUGUAAGUUGAUGAGUCACUGAUAUGUUUCUAUGUUAAAGCUGUUCACAGAAAGACAAACCGUUUGAGUUGUCAGAAAUGAAUCUUGGAUUGGUGCAGUGUUUUGUCACUUGCAGAAGCCUUAUGGAAGUGAGUUAUUAGUCUUUUUUGCGUUAUGCAACACUGCGUUGGCCGCCUGCUCCUGCUGAGGCUCUGCGCUGCUGCUUUUCCAAAUAUUUUGAAGGUUAAAAGAGAGUCAUCAGUUUUCCUGACGGGUCUUUUGCUACAUGUUUCUUUUGGCUUGGGGUUUGGUUUUUCUCCACAGCGGUGGUUCAAUACCAUUUGAAUUUUGAUGCUCAACAGUUACUUAUAAAUCACAGGGUCGUGACUGCUAAAGGGUAUUUCAGGCCAGGUGUGUAUUUGAAAUUUGUUUUAGCUUUGGAUAUUAAUUAAUUAUCUAUGUUAUGCAUUUCCCUGUAUAUGUAAAUAAAUGAAUGAAUAAAACAUUUAACAAGUA